AUGGACGAGCCGACUGUCGCAUCACUCUUGUCUUCCUCGUCUUUUUCACCGUGUUCACCUAAUGAAAUAGCUAUACGUCCGGGAGAUUGUGUCGAAGGUGGUGUCGAAGAAUGGUUGGAAGAUGAAGCAUUACCUGGGUUUCGUGUUUGGCAACUUGCUGGCAUAAUUCUCUCUAUUUUGCUUAGUGUCCUUAUUGCACUUUGUUGUUGUAUUCGGUUCCGAGUACCACGUACCAAGGAAGAAAUAGAAGCUGAUUAUAUUAGGAAAAAAAUAACGAGAAGUUUUAGGAAAGAGCUAUCCAAAAUCAGUAACAUAGAGAUGGACGACAUGGAUCUGAAGAAAGCUUUAGAUAAAAUUCAAAAUAAAUUCGACGUGGAAACCCAUAAAGUACAGAAGGAACAACAUCGAGAAACAACUCAGAAAAAUGUACAACAUGGAUUACGAUCAAGAUUCAAUGCAAUGUUUAGUAGAAUUUAUUUUACUAAACAAGAACAUAUCGAAACUGACAAUAUAAUUUAA